GAAGAAGAAGAAGAAGAAGAAGAAGAAGAAGAAGAAGAAGAAGAAGAAGAAGAAGAAGAAGAAGAAGAAGAAGAAGAAGAAGAAGAAGAAGAAGAAGAAGAAGAAGAAGAAGAAGAAGAAGAAAAGAAGAAGAAGAAGAAGGAGAAGAAGAAGAAGAAGAAGAAGAGGAAGAAGAAGAAGAAGAAGGAGAAGAAGAAGAAGAAGAAGAAGAGGAAGAAGAAGGGGAAGAAGAAGAAGAACUUUCUAUACUCUACCUCAGCCCCGCCCUGAUGACCUCACACACCUCAGCCCCGCCCUGAUGACCUCAAACACCUCAGCCCCGCCCUGAUGACCUCACACAGUACAGACCCUGCACCACCCUCACGUACUUCUGGGCCACUUCUUCGUACAGUGGUUUAUGUUUACGUUCUGUCACGUGUUUUCUCAACACCCACAGAGACAAAGCUCCAAUCUCCACGGGGACGUCCUCGGGACAACGUCCUUUUCAUCCUCCGUCCUGGACAAAUGUUGUAUCGUCCAACAUUAUACUCACAAUUUAACUACUGAAAAAAUGGAGGGAAAAAAACCUGAACAAAGAAGGUGUGUGUGUGAAAAGGACCAGGAGGAGAUUUAUGACGAGUCAUUAACACAUGGUAAAUACCAGCAGCAGUAAAGCUUCUCUGUCCCAUAAACUUUGCACUUUAGCAGAUUUGUAGAGUCAGAUGAUGAUUCAACUUCAGGCCAAAAAAAGUACUGCACUUGUAUCAGUUACGUCAACAAAUAUCAGCCGUCAAUCGGCAGCUGUAAACGACUUAAUGCUAACGAUGAAACGGAGUCUACAGUGAAUGCUGUGUAUAACCAUGGCUGCUUUCACCCCUGGUACACCCACCCUGGUACA